AUCAGAGCUUGAUCAAGUCAACUUCUCUCGUCCCACGACCUCUUCCUGUUUUCAAUUCCUUCUUCUUCCGUCCAGAGAGACUUUUCCUCGCGAUCAGCGCUCUCGAUUUUUUCUCCCCCUACGGAUACCGAUACAAUGGCUCCCAUUACGCAGGAUACCGUCGACGGUCUCAAGGAUGUCAUUCACAAGCUGGAAGCGCGCGUUGCCGACUUGGAGAGCCGUCUAGUUCACGGCGGUAGCCCUGCUUCCAGCUCGAAAUCUAUCGCCGAACAAUUCCGUAUUGUCUUGAUGGGUCCUCCUGGUGCUGGCAAGGGAACUCAGGCUCCUCGUCUUAAGGAAAAAUUCUGCGUGUGCCAUUUGGCCACCGGUGAUAUGCUGCGAUCCCAGGUUGCCAAGAAAACGCCGUUGGGGAAGGAAGCGAAGAAGAUCAUGGACCAGGGUGGCUUGGUCAGCGACGAGAUCAUGGUCGACAUGAUCAAGAAUGAGCUCGAGACCAACUCCGAGUGCAAGAACGGAUUUAUCCUCGACGGCUUCCCGCGUACCGUGGCUCAGGCCGAACGUCUAGACGACAUGUUGGCCGCGCGCAAAGAAAAACUCCAACACGCCGUUGAAUUGCAAAUCGACGAUGCUCUCCUCGUUGCUCGUAUAACCGGCCGAUUGGUCCACCCUGCCUCUGGACGCUCAUAUCACAAAAUCUUCAACCCACCCAAGGAGGAAAUGAAGGAUGACAUUACCGGCGAACCCUUGAUUCAACGUUCUGACGACAACGCCGAGACCUUGAAGAAGCGAUUGGCCACGUAUCAUGCUCAAACCGCCCCCGUCGUCGACUACUACAAGAAGACUGGUAUCUGGCGCGGUAUUGACGCUAGCCAGGAACCCGGUCAGGUCUGGAAGAGCCUUCUCGGUGUGUUUCAGCCAAACUCGAGCAUUUUGAGCAAAGUCGGUUUGUCCAAAUAAGCUUUUCGAUAUAUUGUGUGGAAAUGGGUGAGAGAGAGAGAGCAUAAAAGUGCGAAUGACAAUAGAUUUGCCUUGUCCAUGGCAUCACACGUUGGACUGUGAUGAACGUUGCUUAUGACUGUCUAAUAAUGCAAAGAUCAAGUAAGUCCUUUCUAGCCUUCUCUUGGGCUGGUUUGUUUGAUAUGUUGAAACUAUUGCAGAAGCAACCGAGCUUGCAUAUAGCUGCUUGAUUUGUUUUCUAUUGUAUAGUAAUUUGGUACUUGUUGGAUGAAUAUCAUAUGUUCAAUUCUUUUGUUCAAUGUAGAGGGAAAAAAAAAGAAAAAUUUACAACGCAACAGGAUAUUCAACACUCUCAAUCUUCUCCGGAUAAACCAACCCAUUCUGCCUCCUCACCUCAUCCAUAACCUCCAUAAUCACAAUACUCUCCUCCCACGGCAUCCUCUCACUCUCCAACUUGCCAUCUCUCAGGCACCGCGCCACUUCAUCCGCUUCCCAAUACAUCCCAUGUCCUCCAUCCGGAAACUCACACUCCCACUCCCGAAUUUCUUUCUUCUCAUCUACCGGAACAACACGAUACUUCACCGGCCGAAAAGCAGGACCGAAAAUCUGAAUCUCACCCUUUGUCCCCUGGAUACGGAUUGAUGGUGUGCCCCUGGGAUGGGAAUGAACCGCAAAAGCUGUUGUGGCUAUACCGUGUGAUGCGCGUCUAUCAUCUGCUGGUGUUGUUGUAGGGAAGGUUAGGAGGAUAGUGGUAUCCUCAUCUGCGCCUGUGGCUGGGUAUUUUGUCAUUGACGAUUGGAUUGUAGAGGGUGGUUUGCGUUGGGACGGUGGUAGAGUGUGAUAGAGCGUUUGAAAGACCCAUGUUAGGGAGUAG